AUGUCUUUCUCCGGCCGCCGCCUGAGCUUAUUGCGCCCCUCCGACAACCGCCGCCUCUCCACCUCUAAGGACCUGUCAGACAAUGAGCUCCGGUCAGAAACCCAUCGUCAAUUCCGAGCUGCCCACGAAGGUCACCGACCCCACGCCGGUCUAGAUGCUUCCCGUGCCUCCACCGGUGUCGUCUGGUGUACCGAGCGAGCCUCCGAACAUGGCUUCGCCGAAGAUCCCAGCGGAUGGGCCAAUCUAGGCCAGGGAGCUCCAGAGGCCGACGACGAGAUUGAAGGAAGUUUCCCGCGCCCCACGUCAAUCCCUAUCAGCUCUGCAGCUCGGGAGUAUGGCCCGACCGCCGGUAUCAAGCCGUUGCGCGCAGCUGUCGCUCGUCUGUACAACGACCACUACCGCCAGGGCAAGGACAGUCAAUAUACAUGGGAGAAUGUCUGCAUCGUGCCCGGUGGUCGCGCGGGCCUGAUUCGCAUUGCUGCUAUCUUGGGCAAUUCGUACCUGUCCUUCCCCAUUCCCGAUUACUCUGCGUACUCGGAGAUGUUGAGUUUGUUCAAGAAUAUUGCUCCUAUUCCGCUCCCGCUCUCGAAGGAUGAUCACUAUCGAAUUCACCCCGACAAAGUCGCCGAGGAAAUCGCCCGUGGCACACAGGUGCUACUGACAUCGAACCCCCGUAACCCAACAGGUCACUUCGUGGCGAAGAAGGAGCUGGCGGAAAUCCAAGAUCUCUGCCGUGACCGCGCGACUCUCAUUCUUGAUGAGUUCUACGGUGGAUACAACUACACCACUGACUGCGAUGGAUCAACGAUCAGCGGUGCUGCCAACGUCAUCGAUGUCGACAAGGAUGACGUCCUCCUUAUCGACGGUCUGACCAAGCGCUUCCGACUCCCCGGCUGGCGCAUCGCCUGGGUCGUCGGUCCCAAGGAAUUCAUCACAUCCCUCAGCUCCGCAGGCUCCUACCUCGACGGCGGUGCAAACGUGCCCUUCCAAGAAGCUGCGAUCCCAAUGCUCGAGCCAUCGCUCGUGCACCGCGAGAUGAAGGCGCUGCAAAGCCACUUCAAGGAGAAGCGCGACUACGUGCUGAAGCGCCUGUACGAUAUCGGCUUCCGGAUGCAAGAUGUUCCAGACGCGACCUUCUAUAUCUGGCUGGAUCUGACCUCGCUUGACCCGCCGCUUCCUCCGCAGGCUAAUAUCUCUGAUGGGUUGAACUUCUUCGAUGCUUUGCUCAGGGAGAAGGUCAUCGUUGUGCCUGGCAUCUUCUUUGAUUUGAAUCCGGCGAAGCGCAGGGAUCUAUUUGAUAGUCCUUGCCAUCACUUUGUGCGUUUGAGUUACGGGCCUAAGAUGGAGGUCUUGAAGAUGGGGCUUGAUGGGAUUGAGAGGGUUAUCAAGCGUGCGCGUGAAAAGGCUGGGACUGAGGAGAAGUGGGAGGAUGAGGUUGCUGUUGCGGAUGAUUAG